CUCCAGAGGAAGGACGGACGGUGAGAGGAUUUGUUUCUUCCUCAAACCGGGGAAUUAGCCAAAUUAAUCGUAAUCACGAUGUUGUCGUUAUGUCACGCUCACAUCUGUCUCGCGGGUGAUUGCCCAGGCCGCCUCCGAGAGCCUUAUGUCCACACGCUAGCUAGGCACCUAGUCAACACCGAUCAGAUAUACUUACCGCUUCCAGGAACCAUGCCUCCACCGGUGCCACAGAAAACCGGGCUGGGAAAGUUUCAGGGUCCCGGAGAAGUUUUUGGAGACGCGCCCUACUCAGUUCAUUAACGGGUGGCAGGAGACACCAUCUCACUAGCUGCUAACCACAUCGCCUCUACAGUCCGGCAGCCGGCAGAGGUCAGGGGCAUAGCAGGUGUACAGAAGGAGCCGGCAGAUGUGUGUGUCCAGGUCAUCCGGUUUUCAGCGUUGAGCAGUUAAAAGCACAGCCAUUCUUCAGCAGGUGACAGCAGUCACCCGCUGCAGGUGUGAAGAAGAAGACGUGUGUAACAAAGCUGCUAAUUGACACUGGAGAGUCUGUCGGCCUGUUACCCUGAAUACUGUCUCUCAUCGCUGGGAAUACAAGGUUGGAGGCAGCCUGUCUCUCUGGGCAUUACUUCCUCAAGGCAGCCUCUCUCUCUGGGUAGUAGACUGUAAAGGCAGCCUCUCUCUCUGGGUAGUAGAUUGUAAAUGCAGCCUCUCUCUCUGGGUAUUAGAUUGUAAAGGCAGCCUCUCUCUCUGGGUAGAAGAUUGUAAAGGCAGCCUCUCUCUCUGGGUAGUAGAUUGUAAAGGCAGCCUCUCUCUGGGUAGUAGAUUGUAAAGGCAGCCUUUCUCUCUGGGUAGUAGAUUGUAAAGACAGCCUCUCUCUCUGGGUAGUAGAUUGUAAAGGCAGUCUCUCUCUCUGGGUAGUAGAUUGUAAAGGCAGCCUCUCUCUCUGGGUAGUAGAUUGUAAAGACAGCCUCUCUGGGCUGUAGAAACUGGAGCUGUCAUCUACCACUGUGUGGAUUUCCUGACCUGGACAGAGGGCUUGUUACAUUGGACCGGUGUGAGUUCUAGGUCUCCCAGACUGGGACUCUGUCAGUAGAGGCUUGUCUUGGUUGUUUUUGGCCUGUUUGAGCAGCAGCCAUGGAUGUUUCCCUCGUGGACUUUGAGAGUUUGGAUGAUAUCAACAGCAACCUGGAUGAUGAGCUCCAAAGCCCAGACGACCCUGACGAGACCACAGCCCUGACGGUCGACAUGCCCCAUGAACACAGCUCCUUCCCAGACUCCCAACACCUCCUCUGCUCCCUGCCUAAUCUCACCUCCAGCCCCAAGCACCACCACCCCUCCCACCACCAUCGCUCCCCCUACAGAAGGAACACCUCGCCCUGCCCAUCCACCUCCCCUGAUACCCAGGGCGGGAACCAGUCACCGGAAAUGCCAGCCCAUGGUAGGAAGGGGCGCAGUAGCUGCUCAAGCAUGAUGACCAACUGGAAGCUGCUACUGAGUAGUGAGACCCAGACUCAGAGUGAGACCAUAUUCAGCCGGCUCGCCAAGGACUGCUGUGAGGAUCUCUUUGUGGACAAGAGAGGACUGGACGAUGGCGAGCAGAAGGUCAUCAUCAACAUUGCCGGUCUGCGCUUUGAGACGCAGCUCAAAACCCUAGAUCAGUUCCCAGAAACCCUUCUGGGGGACCCCAUGAAGAGGAUGGACUACUUUGACCCAAUGAGGAAUGAGUAUUUCUUCGACCGGAACCGUCCCAGCUUUGACGGCAUCCUGUACUACUACCAGUCAGGAGGAAAGAUCCGGCGGCCGGCUAACGUUCCACUAGAUGUGUUUGCCGAUGAGAUGAUGUUUUAUGAGCUGGGGAACGAUGCCAUGGAGCAGUUCAGAGAGGACGAGGGCUUCAUCAAAGAGGUGGAGAUCCCUCUCCCGACCAAUGAGAUGUACCGCCAGUUCUGGCUGUUGUUUGAGUAUCCGGAGAGCUCCAACGCUGCUCGCGGCGUGGCGCUGGUCUCUGUCUUCGUCAUCGUCAUCUCCAUAAUCAUCUUCUGCAUGGAAACGCUGCCGGAGUUCCGGGACAACUCCCUGGACCCCAUCAUACCCACCGCUGCCAUGCAGGUGAUGCCUUCAGGUGGGAACCAAUCACUGAGCGGCUUUGGUUCCAUGUUCCCACCCACGGCUACGCCUAAAACAAUCACGUCCACGUUCUCUGACCCGUUCUUCAUUAUUGAGACAGCUUGCAUCGUCUGGUUCUUCUUCGAACUGGUUGUCCGCUUUGUGGUCUGUCCCUCCAAGAGAGACUUCUUCCACAACCUCAUGAAUAUCAUCGACAUUGUGUCCAUCAUACCUUACUUUGUCACUUUGGUAACAGAGCUGGUCACGACCCCAGAGCAGAACUUGAGCCAGAACAUGUCCCUGGCCAUUCUUCGUAUCAUCCGUCUGGUUAGAGUGUUCAGGAUCUUCAAGCUGUCUAGACACUCCAAGGGGCUCCAGAUCCUGGGCCAAACCCUGAAGGCCAGCAUGAGGGAGCUGGGCCUGCUCAUCUUCUUCCUCUUCAUCGGAGUCAUCCUCUUCUCCAGCGCUAUCUACUUUGCCGAAGUCGACGAGCCCAGUACACAGUUCGUCAGCAUCCCUGACGGUUUCUGGUGGGCCGUGGUCACCAUGACUACGGUGGGCUAUGGCGACAUGUGCCCGAUCACUGUGGGCGGUAAGAUGGUGGGGACACUCUGUGCCAUCGCCGGCGUGCUGACCAUCGCCCUGCCCGUCCCGGUCAUCGUGUCCAACUUCAACUACUUCUACCACCGGGAGACGGAGGCAGAGGACAAGCAGCCAAUGGCGGACGCGGUAGAUUUGGCCAUGAAGUUACAAUCAGAGAGUAAACCAGGGAGUAGCUCCUCCCUGAACAAGGCCAAUGGGACCUGGCAGAGUGACAUGUUUCCUGGGCUCUGAGACGUAUUCAAGACCAUUUCAACAUUGAAGAGGACAGAGAGACAUUAUGGAGACAAACAGGGCAAAGACAUUACAAAGACAAACUUCCAAAAAGGAAGCCUGGCGUGCCACAUCAAUAGACUGAUCUGUUAUAAAGGUUACAGGUUUGGGUUGUAUAUUGGGAGGUCAGAGGAGUGUUUUCCAGGGGAUUAAAUUGACCUGUCUGUAAUGUUAGGGGGUUAUGACCGGCCUGUACCCCCAAAUCUAUGCCCCGUCUGUUAUCCAUGGGGAUAAAUACCGAAACUGACCUCACAACUACUGUACAUUUCUACUUCAAUAGGACUGUUUAGGGCCAGAUUAAAAGGCUAGAAAUACCUUUGGUGAGAAAAGGUACUAGAAGAUCUGUAAGCAUAAUUGGUGUGACAUAACUUGAGGAUGAUUCAAAAGAUACAUUUAAAAAAUGAGUAUUUUAAAGCAAUAAGGCAUUAGGUGUGUGGUAUAGGGCCAAUAUAUAAGGUAUAAGAGCUGUUCUUAGACACAAAUUAUCAGGGAAUGCCUGGAUAUAGAACUUAGUCUUGGUAUUUUGACAAUAUACCACGAAUGCCAGAGGUGCCUCAUUGCUAAUGUAAACCAGUUGCUAACACAAUUAGAAGAGUAUAAAAUGAUGUAAUAAUUAUGGUACAUCGCUUUCAGCCAAACAGCAUUCAGGAUUCGAACCAGCCGGUUUAUAAUGUAUCAAAAACCACUAAUGCCUCCUCUGUGCAAGUAGGGACUGUGACAAUGGUAACAAAAUACAGAUGUAGAGUCUAAAUUUGAGCCUUUUAUAAGCUGGAAAAUAACCAUGCGUGAAUAGGAAAUAUGAAAAAUUAUCUUGUUAAUUUAUAGAUGUUUUUGGAGUUUUUUUAUGCAUUUUUCAUAUUGGAAAAAAAAUCUGAAAUGUUUAAUUGGAAAUGACAAACUUUUAUAUUAGCCUUAUAUAAAACCUCAACUACACUACGCAUUUUCUCCUGCAAAAGUGUGAUCAAAUUAAGAUCCUGCAUUGUACCUCAGUAAUGACAUUGUUGUACUACUAUUGCAUAAAACACAGUGUUGUUGUGCUACUAUGAUCAGACUUCUAUCAUCCCCAUGAGUUACAGGUUAAUAUUGAGAUACUAUAUGUAGCUGGUAUCAUAAUUGGUCAAUGCCACGGUCAGACUUUAGAUUGUAAGUAUUGUUUCCGUGGAUGCAUUUUAAUCCAUUACAUACAUCUGUCAAAGUAUUAAAUUAAGAAUCAAUCACGGUGUUUAUUCCGUAUAAUGUUUUUUGAUCCUAUAUAAUUGUAUAAUUUCAUACUGUAUGUUUUCUGUCCAGUUCUUCAGAAUUUUAGAUUUUUAGUCCUACAUGAAAACCUAUUUCCUAUAUAUUACACUCCUUUUUAAUUUUCAAAGCUGGAUCUCAAAGUCAGUUCCACUCCAUUUUUCAUUGCAACCCUCUAAUCAGGGACUUAUUUAGACCUGGGACACCAGGUGGGUGCAAUUUAUUAUGAGGUGAAACAGAAAACCUGCAGGCUCCAGACCAUGUAGAUUAAGAGUGCCUUGAACUGCAUUGUAAUUACGGAAAUGUUAAAUAGAAGAUGACAUCGCCAUGCUCUAAAUAGUAACUGUGAAAGAGGUAAAUAGUUGCUGACAUUGUCGUGCUCUAAAUUGUAACUAUGGUAAUGUUAAAUAGUGGAUAACAUUGCCAUGCUGUACGUUGUAACUAGGAUAACGGGAAAUGUUGUACUGUUGAUUACCAUGGAUACUGCUGCUAGAGAAGAACAUGGCUGAAGUAGUUAAAUUCAACUACAGUAAGUUCUCAAUGUUUUAGAACAAUUUUAAAAUGUUAAAUGUUAAAAAGGUUCAAAUGUAUGUUUUGAUUUUAAUUCCUGUUUCACUUCAACCCCUGAUUAUCAGGUAUCUCCAGAAACAAAAGAUGCCAAAAGUCAAGGGGCUGGGGUGUUAAGAAAGGAAGUCAAAGAUCGGAAUAUUAAUAAAUAUUAA